UUCGUUUUGCAUUGUGCAUCGCGCAUCGCUGCAUGAUGUCAAGUGGGACGGAACAUGAUCGCAUUUUUAUAACGUACGUAGUGCGUUGGGUGUUGGGUAUGAGCCGAAGAACUUUCACCAUGGACCUGAUUACGAAGUUAUACUCUUUGGUUGUUAGUAUGCGAACUCUGAUCCCCGUAUGGCACGGCAAUGCGACCGAAGGUGUAAGGAUAUGAAGCGAACAUUUUGAUUUGAACUCCGAAUCAGAGGUCAUGCCUCCGGGUGGCGAAGCAGUUUUCGCACGACAAUACAACAGAACGCUCUCAUCACCUGGUGCGCGAAAGAGAGCAGAGGUUGUGAUCAAGGUUUAGUUCAAGCGGAAAUCUGGAAGAUACCAUGAAGACAGCCCGUCGGACGGCGGGGUGAUAUAGUUUUAUCUUCCAUCUUUGUCUAUCUAGAAAUCGAAUUUGUGCAAAAAACGUGAUAUGAGGUUGCUCGCUGUGACUGUGUGGGCGUUCGUUUGCGUGACACUGCUGGGGGUCUUAGCCUACAGUAUGCUGCUGUGGAGUCAGUACUGGAGGUGGGCUACUCCGCGCAACACCGGAGCGCGAGCGGCGGUACCCCGCAGGUGGUCGCACUUCUCCAGAGGAUACAGCAACGCUUCACUGAGUGGUGGUGUGCUACAUCCUCAUAGAAUGGCACCCUUGCCUAAAGACAAGCUGUUCGCUAAGGUGGAGGCGUACCGAGUGCAGUUGGAGCGCCAACUGCGUCGCGCCCAGUGGGACAGCGUACGACCCGUGGGCGCUGGUGGCCAGCCGGCGUCGGACCGUUACGGGGUGCGGCCCACCGGACGCAAGCCGGGCCGCUUUGCGCCGCCCGAGCAGCUGCUGGCCAGAGCCAUAGCUCUGCGCAUGGGCAUGCUGACCAGAGACACGGAGCCGUUUAAGCGGAUGGGCUACAGCCAGUACUUCCCGGCGACGGACUUCUACGCGAGCAGCUUCAACUCUUGCGCUCUGGUCUCCAGCGCGGGCUCCAUGCUGGGCUCAAAGCUUGGACCGGAGAUUGACGGGCACGAAACCGUGGUGCGCUUCAACGACGCACCCACUGCGGGCUUCGAGGACGACGUGGGGGCGCGCACCACGAUGCGCCUACUCAACUCGCAAGUGCUGGCGCGGCCCGAGUUCGACUUCUUCAACUCGGCGUUGUACCGCAACGUGACCCUGGUCGUCUGGGAUCCGUCGCGCGACCGCCAGCCUCUCGACAAGUGGGUGGAGCAUCCCGAGUUCGACCUGUUUCCAGCCUACUGGCUGCGUCGCGAGGUGCUUCCGGACGAACCCUUCUACCUGAUGCACCCGGACUCGGUCUGGGAAGCCUGGCACUUCCUGGACAGCGAGAACCCGGGCCCUGUGCUCAGGAACCCGCCAUCAAGCGGAUUUCUUGGGCUCCUUCUGCUGCUCAAGCAAUGCCGCCACGUGGAUGCCUACGAGCUGGUUCCUUCCAUGCGGCUGACUAAGCGCUGCCACUACUACGAGGUACACGAGGACCUGGGCUGCACGAUGGGCGACUGGCACCCGCUGGCUGCCGAGAAGCUGCUCGCGCUCCACCUCGCCUCACCAUCGGUGCACGCGCUCGAGCAAGUGUUCGCCAGAGGAAGGCUGCCGCUCAGCACGCUCGACGGCCAGGCUGCAGACUGAGAAAGCCGAGGAGUGCUGUGGCGGCGAUCGCGGACUCACGCAGUGUACCUUCACCGGCUGUGUGGCAUUUCGUCUACGUGGGAUCGUCGGUGCAUGCUCUCGAGCAAGUGUUCGCCUGAGGAGUGUUGCCGCUCAGCACGCUCGACGGCCAGGCUGCAGACUGAGCAAGCCGAGGAGUGCUGUGGCGGCGA